AACCGUCUAUAAAACGAGCAAUACAUGUCUUCCUCACGCAUGGUUGUGUCAAUAAUCGUAAUCGGAAGAUCAAUCGCAGUUGUUACUGCCUGUAAAUGUCUUGCUGCGGAGGAAAUUGCGGUUGCGGCUCUGACUGCAAGUGUGGCAAUGGAUGCGGAGGCUGCAAGAUGUAUCCUGACAUGAGCUUCUCUGAGAAAACCACCACGGAUACGCGGAUUCUGGGUGUAGCACCGGCGAAGGCACACAGUGAGGGAGCUGAGAUGAUCGUCGGAGCUGAGAAUGGAGGAUGCAAGUGUGGUGACAACUGCACCUGCAACCCUUGUACUUGUAAAUGAGGAAGAUUCGACAUCGUUUUAGGAAGAAAAAAAUCAAACAUACAAAGAAAUAAACGAGUUUGAUUGCUAAUUUAGGAGUCUGUUUCACUAGUCUGUGUUCUCUAGCUUAAUAAAGUGGCCAUGGCAUAAGUUAUGCAA